AGACCAUUUCCUUCCAGUAGCGGGCCUUGUUACAGACACACAUAAACAUACACAUAUGCAGUCAGAGUGCAGACAACCGUCAAAGCGAAGCCCCGUUUUGGAUUGCCUGAUAUUACUGCCACAAACACCGGAUGCGCCCAACCACAGGUUAUCCUAAUGGACUUUCAUCGCUGAUCCAUAGCAACAUCUGCUCGACACCACGGUGGGAUCUUUUGGCUCUGAUGGUACUGGCUGAUCUGUGACCACUGCCUGCUUGAGGAUACCUGCUGCCCAGUUCCCCUCAAUAUGUCUGGGAUUCAUGUGCCAUGGUCAACUGGCACAGAGUGUGUUGCUAAAUAUAACUUCAAGCCUGGCAAUGAACAGGACCUGCCCUUCUGCAAAGGAGAUGUACUGACCAUUGUUGCAGUCACCAGGGAUCCAAACUGGUACAGAGCAAGAAACACAGUGGGCAGGGAGGGCACCAUUCCAGCCAACUAUGUCCAGAAAAGGGAAGGAGUCAAGUCUGGAGGGAAACUAAGUCUUAUGCCCUGGUUUCAUGGGAAGAUAACCCGUGAGCAGGCAGAGCGGCUCCUCUACCCUCCUGAGACAGGCUUGUUCCUGGUCAGGGAGAGCACCAACUAUCCUGGCGAUUACACCCUGUGUGUCAGCUGCGACAGCAAGGUGGAGCACUACCGCAUCAUCUACCACAACGGCAAACUCACCAUUGAUGAGGAGGAGUUCUUUGAGAAUCUCAUGCAGCUGGUGGAGCAUUACACCAAAGACGCCGAUGGCCUUUGUACCAGGCUGAUUAAGCCCAAGCUGAUGGAGGGAACCGUGGCAGCGCAAGACGAGUUCUCCAGGAGUGGCUGGGCCUUGAACAGGAAGGAGCUGAAACUCCUCCAGAUCAUUGGCAAAGGCGAGUUUGGAGAUGUGAUGGUCGGAGACUACAGAGGGACCAAGGUGGCGGUCAAGUGUAUCAAAAAUGAUGCCACAGCGCAGGCUUUCAUCGCUGAGGCCUCCGUCAUGACGCAGCUGAGGCACAACAACCUGGUGCAGCUGCUGGGUGUCAUUGUGGAGGAGAGGGGCAGUCUCUACAUCGUCACAGAAUACAUGGCAAAGGGCAGCCUGGUGGACUACCUGCGGUCCAGAGGACGGACUGUCCUCGGUGGAGACUGCCUGCUCAAGUUCUCACUUGAUGUGUGUGAAGCUAUGGAGUACCUGGAGGCCAACAACUUUGUCCACAGAGACCUGGCAGCUCGAAAUGUGCUGGUGUCUGACGACAACAUCGCCAAGGUCAGCGACUUUGGCCUCACCAAGGAGGCCUCCUCCAUACAGGACACUGCCAAGCUGCCCGUCAAGUGGACCGCCCCUGAAGCACUAAGGGAGAAGAGGUUUUCUACUAAGUCGGAUGUUUGGAGUUAUGGAAUCCUGCUUUGGGAGAUUUACUCCUUUGGCCGUGUGCCUUACCCUAGAAUUCCACUAAAAGACGUAGUGCCCCGGGUGGAGAAAGGCUACAAGAUGGACGCCCCAGAUGGCUGCCCGCCUGUAGUCUACGACCUGAUGAAGCAGUGCUGGACCCUGGACCCCGCCAUGCGGCCCUCAUUCCGCAUGCUGAGGGAGAAGCUGCAGCAUAUCAGAGCCAAGGAGCUCUACCUGUAAAGAGGAGGCGCAGACAGAGGGGGGAGGGGGGACAUGCAGCCCAGCACAGAUCCAGAAUGGGAGGAGGAGGAGGAGGAGGAGGAGGAGAGGGACCACAGCAUCUUCCUCCAGCCUGCUGACCCAUGGGACUGCCACACUGUGCCCCGCCACACACACUCCCCACCCCCCCGGCUGUCGUCCUCCACACAAAGACUGUUUUCCUGUUUGUGUUGUAAAGCUUUCCUCUCCACACCGCCCCCCCACCUCCACCCACUACUGCCUCUCCAUUACCACCCUCACCUGGUCCAAGCUGCUCCUCUUCCUCCACCUGAGUUAACCCUUUGCUCCCUCUGUCCUUCCUCCUCCUCCUUUUGAAACGUGGCAUUAACUGGAGGGGGGGCUGGCCUUUCUCUCCAUGUUUGUCAUGUGUUUUUCUCCCAUCAUGCCCCACCCCCACCCUGUUUUCUUUAUCAUUCCAUCAUCUAUACACGAUGUGGCUCUGCAUGCCUGUCAGCCCAGCUGUCAUUCCACCCUUCAACCCCCCACCCCCUCACCAUCAGCUGUGUUGUCAGGUGUGGAUGGGGGGGGGGGGGGGUCACUCUGUGUCAAAGUGCCUCCAGCCUACAGAGCUCCACACCACUCAUAACACUGCUUUUAAUCAGACUGUUAAGGUGUCAAAUUUUAUUACUUUUUCUUAUUUUUUCAGGGACGUUAUUUCACUUUUGUGUUUGUUGAAUUGCCAUCCCCCACUCCACCUCCACCAUUUCAAUACUAUUGUUUUUUUAAAGCAUCCCCCGCCCCAUCUUAAGAGGAGCACGAAGAGUAGUCAUGUUUAUCCUGCGACCGACAGCCCCGAGGAGCAACGUGAGGGGUGGAGGUGGAGGGCCAGAUUAUAACAAGUGACGGUGGGGGCGGCUAGAGAAAGAGAGCCAGUUCACAAACAUGGUGGAGUCAUCUUAUGUGAGCUUGUUUUUAUAUCAAAAUAUAUUUAAAGGAUUAAAAAAAAACCUACAAAAAACCAAGAAGAAAACUGACUGAGAAUCAGAAUGGAGGACUUGGUUCAGUUGUUUGAACUCUGGGCUGAACUGGGCUGGUGCAUGCUGCGUGUGAGAGGCCUUGGUUCAAAUGUCAGUGCUUUCAAUGUUCGUUGUUUUAUUAUGCUGUCAUGAUUAUGAAUAAAUCAUUCCAUCUGAACAGUGUGGGGACACGU